AUGAGACAUGUCUAUGAAUGCAAUAUUGUUCCAAUACGUCAUAUUCCUAUUUUAAUAUGUUAUACAUUUCAAGUACAACCAAUUAAUAGAAAUUAUGGUGCAUAUCAACAACAGCAACAUCAACAACAAGUUGAAUAUGAACAACAGCAACAGCAACAGCAACAGCAACAGCAACAGCAACAGCAGCAGCAGCAGCAGAAGCAACAACAACCAAAUGUAGAUAAUAGAAAGUUACAACAAAAUCAACAAGUAAAUAAUAAAAGAUUGUUAGAGAAACAGAAACAACGAGAUAUGACACCACUUCAAGUGGUCAACGAAGAUCAAUGA